UUAUUUAUAUCCCGCCUCCAUCUCCCCCAAAGGGGACUCAGGGCGGCUUACAGCAAAAUCAAAUACAAAGCAAUGAUAACAUAUGAAACAUCAAAGAACAAUAACAAAACCAAUAACAAAAUAGACACAAUAACUGGAAAAAACUCACACACACACAACGUGGUAUUAAAACAUUGAGUUAAAAACAAUGAGGUUGCAAUAGUGGAUAAGCAAGGUGCACAUUAUGAAUAAUAGUAAGUGUCUCUUAUAUAGCAAUAUUUCUGCUGAUGUUGCUCCACAAGUUGUAAAGGAAUGACAGGUGUUUCUCCAGCUAAAACAUCCUGACUCCAUUAGUUCCUGGACAGAUGUUGGCUUUUUCCCUUAAGUAAUAAGUGGUUUCCUUUCUCAAUGAACCUUGUUCGACUUCCUUCUUAAUGUAAGGAACUUUGUAGACACUUCCUUACUUAAAAGAGCCAUUGUCUCUGGUAAUGUAAACAUUUUGUUUUCCACCAAGAGUUAAUAGUUUGUCCCUGGUCAUGUCAGCAGUUCAGCAGCUUUUAAUUACAGUUCAGGAUUUUUUUCGUAGUUUUCCAGGCUUAAUUUUUUAGGAUGGCAUUUCUAGACCCCAUAGUGUCAUGGUUUGCAAAGGCGCUGUGCUGUGUGUGUGCUAAUUAGAAAAUAAAGUGCAUGAAGUCAUUUGGCUGAACCUGCAAAGACUUGAUACUGGACUGACUUGAUACUCUUUCAGUUCUGCUGCUGCAGACCCAGUUUGGACAAGUUUUUUCAGUGCUAGCUGAGAGUACUGCUGGAGAGGCCUUGCUAUUUUGAGGCCUGUUUGCUGCUGAGAAAAGAGAAUGAAGACCAGGACUGUAUUCUUCUCUGAAGCAGAUUUGUGGACUGAGAAAGGACCGUUUAUGACUGUGGACUUCUGAUAAGAAAACAAGAUGUGGCAGAUCCUGGGAGUUCUGGUGUUCUGUGGCCUGCUGAGCCCCUCUGUCGGAACUGUGCCAGGGAUUAGGUUUGUUUUGAAUCCUGCUCAAUAUACUCAAGCCUUUACAGAUACUUUGAGCAGAGAUGACCUUCUAUGGACUUCCCUGAAAACCCUUCCAUUUUCUGACAUCACACUUGGAUCACUACUUGGUAUAGUUGGCCAAAUCCUUGGGCUCAAAGCUACGGCAGUCCGAAAUACUGGCCUUACGGUGGUCAUGACUAAUGAGAAGAUAAAAAUUAAAUUGUCUCUUGAAGUGGACAUCUCUGGCACACUAAUUAUACCACUAAACAGCAUAAUCAAUAUCUGUGCACAUUUGGACAUUAACCUUUCAUUUGGAUUUGGAAACUAUUUUGAUGGUAAAUUCGAUAUUGUAAACUUUCAGUGUGUGCCCACAGUUGGAUCCAUUGAGCUCAAGCUCUUGAGUGGUUUGCUACCCCCACUAUUGAUACCAAAAAUCCAGGACUCUAUUUCAUCAGACUUAAGCAAGCAGAUAUGUGGCUCUAUGAACACUGUCAUUAAUGCUCUUUCCAACAUAUGGCUGGCCACUGGGAACGUGCUUCUUCCCUUCGGCAGCUUUGGAGAUUUCACGUUUAAGCUUGCUGCCUUGCCUACUAUAACAGAAAAUUAUUUGGAAGUCACUGUAUAUGUGUAUUUCCGGUUUGCGGUUUCAGGCGUAUACAUUGGCAUCCCUGACACAGACACCUCUAUUGCUUUGCCUGUUCUGGGCAGCCACGGGUGCUGCCUUGCCAUCCAUCCAGGAACGCUUAAUAUUGCACUGCAGGGAGUCAUCCCCAAAGUGCCUCUGGAAAUCAGCAAUAUCCUUGAGGUGUUCUCUAAAGCUGAAGAACUGAAAGAUGUUAUUCUGGCUCUGCUUCCAGAUGAGGUUCUUCCGAACCUUGCCGCGGGCGAUCUCUCCUUUAAAAUUACCAUUGGAACAAAUCCUCUCUUUGCUUUCGACAGUACUGGUGCUACUGUGACUCUCAGUGCUAAAAUCGAGAUCUUUGCCAAGAAAGCAGACGGAUCUAAAAUUUCUGUAGUCGUCGUGAGAUGUAGUAUUUCUGCGAAAGUCGCUAUCUCUGUGGCCAAUAGCAAACUGAAUCUAGGCCUUUUACUCUUCAGUAUUGCUCUCGAGCUGGAAUCUUCAAGCGUUGGCAUCAUUGAUGUUAGCAGCUUCUUAGACCCCCUCUCUUCCUUAGUGAAUGAAGCCAUUAUGCCUGUCCUGAAUGUACCUCUUGGUCUUGGAAUCCCUCUGCCUCAACUCCUAAAAAUUCCCCUGGUGAAUGUGAAAAUCCAAACAAUUGUGAACGCCCUUGUGAUUUGCAUCUAAAAGCAGAUGCAAACGUCUCUGGCAGCCAGCAAAAGACACAAAGCGCCUCCACAAAUGCUUCGUUGAUCUCACUUGAUUCCAGUUGAUCCUUUCUCAUGCAAUUGUUAUGUAAUUCUUCCAAUAAAUGCUUUGGCUUCUGGUAGCAAUUUA